AUGUCUGCGACUGGAUUUGAAGAAACCGAUCUGUCAUACAACAUCGGCGAUGACCACGAUUCCAAAGAAACCGACGGGAUGAGUUCGAGAGCGUCGGACAGCGGCGCAGAGUCUAGCGGAUCGGAAUCACCGCCCCCCGCAGCAGCUGGCCCGGUCUCGCGUUCACCGCCGUCGCACUCGCCGCCGACGUCUUCCUCGGCAGCAACAGCAGCAGCAACAGCAGCCGCCUCGUCUCCCGGAAUUUUCCGAUUGUCGUCGAGCAACGCGGAACUGGUGUACUCGAACUUGGCCGCCAUGGUCAACUCUUCCGGCGCUUCCGGUCCGCAGCAACAGGCGGCCGUCCUGUUCCGACUGGGGCAGCUGGGCCGGCAGCUCCAGGCGUCCGGGCAGCAACCGUUCAUACUGCCCAUGCCGAAUCCGCCAGCGGCGCACCAGACGCCCGCCGAUCUCAGCAGCAAAUCGUCGCGGAACAAAUCCGAAAUCCAAAAUCCUUAAGGGCGUGCGCCGUGGCGUCCAGUUCGACCAAAUCCACAUUGUACGCGCGCACAUGGUGCACGCUCGCACUCGUAUAGAUAAACAGUGUAUUACUGCAGUUGGUACUAAUUUUAAUGUUUUCACGUGUACACGUACAGCGAGUGUUUCGCCGCACCAUUUGUCCGACAACUCUUUUUCGUUGUGUAUUGUUUCCGAAAAUUAAUUUUUUUUUAAUCUCAUCAUACCGUACGUCAUGUAACCGAAUCUUUAUCCGUGUUUCUGAAUUGAAGUAGCGCUUACGUUAAAAAGAAUUGAACGCUGACGCGGCCAACGACUUGUACAACGGUUUUCCCGAACAUUUCAAUGACGAAUUCUAACAAUUGAAUCGUACGAUUGACUACGAAACAUGACGAAAAAUUUUUAAAAUUAUCGAUUUCGAUACAUAAACCUUUCGAUCGUUAAACGUGGCUAGCGUUUGGAAUACGUUUCGUUAUGUUGUUCAAAGUACCACGAGUACGUACACUCAAUGAAGAAAAACGACUUAUUUUUUGUACAAUGAAAUGUAAUAAUCUUAUGCGAAAGUAAUAUUGAUAUUGAAAUAUUAGAAAUCAAUACAAAUCUUUCUUUAAUCGAUCCCUUGAAAUAGCAAUCUAAAUUAAAUUGUUGUACAUGGACUAUAAAACGUAUUCAACGUAUGCUUUAGACUUAAUUUUUCUGCGAUUAUUAAAUUUCAAUAAUAUUGAUUGCAUUCAUAGUUAUUAUCCAGGACGAACACAUUGAAAUACCCUGUAUGUAUUUACCUACAUCUGGGUUUCUUCAAAAACUUUAAUAUUUUAUAACUACAACGGCAUAAAUGUCAAAAUAUAUCGACAUCAGUUUCACCCUGCUUUUGAUAGCAAAUAAAAUAAAAUUUUACGAUAUUAUUUAAUAACUUAACUACCAUAAAACUUUUAACUGUUACUGUCAUUGAACACUAAAUAAUUCAAAAAUACCAGGUAACUAUAUUGACCAUAACAUACAUAAGUUGCUGUGAAAUAUAAGUGUUAAUUGAUUUCUAUUGUUAAGAUAAAUUAUUUGUUAAAAUAACAAUAGAAACACGAUAUCAACAUCGAUAAUUUCGAUAACGUAGAAACAGAUUUUUUUUUUUUUAAUAAUUUCGUUCUGUUCAACUUGAUUUGAACAUUGUGUCUAUUGUCAUGUGUGUGCUACUUCAGACACUGUAAAGUUCGUGCACUUUCAUUUGGAUUUGAAUUAAUAUACUUAACUAUUGAUUUCAUAAUGUACCUGUAGGUGUCUAUUAUUGAAUCAAAGGUAUAACUUAUGUCAUAUUCGUUUUCCUUCUUAUAAAACUUGAUCCGUGCCGAAAAAGGCAUUAGGAAAUGUAAAAUUCUGCAGAGGCGAACACUUGUUGACGAUUUCGCAAUUUCAUGUGUUAAAUAUGUGUUUGUGGUGUAAACUAUUUGCGGUGUAAAUUUGACCUAAAAAAAAUCAUACAAUUUUAGCCCGGAUUCAAAAUUUGAAAGCAUAUAUAAUUAUUAAGUAUAUUUUUAUAUCAUAUAGUUUUUUAUGAACCCUAAGAUUCAGGUACGCGAGUCCGAAAUAAAUAAUCAUAAUAAUAUUUAUAUAUCUGUUCGUAAAACAUGAAUAUUUCACAUAAUUUAAUUACAUUAAAAAUUAUACUGUUAUUUCUAUGUACGAAGUAUGGUAAUUUUAAUCAUUUAAAAUGUUAUGAUACACGGAGUGACCGAAACAUCGAUUCUGUCGAUUGUUUAUUUAAUCUAUAUUGCCUCAGGAUAUGACAUCACAUUUCGUGAUAAUACUGACCAAUCAUUUUUUACAUAGGUGAUUAUGCAUUUGCUCUUGUGUACUUAUAUAUUACAUGUAUGAGAGUUAAGAGUUAUUUUUUCGAAUUUAGGUUUUGCUUUCAUAUAAAAAAUAGGUACAAGCAGUACCUAAUGAUAACAUUAAUUUUAUGAUCCAUUUUUUUCUUUUCUGCUAUUUUUCUAUGCAUACUUUGGCGACAAGUAUUGAAAAAAAAAUACAUUUUAUUUGUACAUAU